GUGUGUGUGUGUGUGUGUGUAUGUAUGUAUGUGUGUGUGUGUGUGUGUGUGAUGGUUUGAGCUCGAGCUCUGCUGUCAAUAUCGCACUUUAAAUGCUCAAAUGUAAUGCGAUGGGAUUCUGACCAUGGAUAAAACCCGAAUCCUGAUCGUAUGUUUCGCUGUUUUGGGAUUUGGUGGAGGAUGUGAUGGUCUGUUGUGUAAUUGCACCACGUCUCAGUGUGAAAAGAAUGGCUACCGCUGUGAGACGACGGGGGCCUGCAUGGCUUCAACCUCCCUUAUUGAUGGCCAGGAGCAGCACGUGCGAAUCUGUAUCGACAAAGAAAAGCUGGUUCCUCCUGGGCAACCCUUCUUCUGCCUGAGCGCCGAGGGUCUGCUCAACAUCCACUGCUGCUAUACGGACUACUGCAACAGUCUGGACCUCAAGGUGACCUCAGUGACCGUGCAGCCUAAUUCGGCCAUGAUGGGUGGCUGGGGGCCAGUGGAGCUGGCUGCUGUGGUUGCAGGCCCUUUGUUUGCUCUGUUUGUGCUGGUACUGCUGGGCCUCUUCCUUUUCCAACACCAUCAGAGAGCCUACGGCCACAGACAGAGACUGGAGGUGGAGGACCCAAGCACUGAACACCUGUACCUGGCUAAGGACAAAACAUUGCAGGAUCUCAUCUAUGACCUGUCAACAUCCGGCUCGGGUUCAGGUCUCCCUCUGUUUGUUCAGAGGACAGUAGCACGGACUAUUGUGCUACAGGAGAUCAUAGGCAAGGGCCGCUUUGGAGAGGUGUGGAGGGGGAAGUGGAGAGGAGGAGACGUGGCGGUAAAGAUUUUCUCCUCUCGAGAAGAGCGCUCCUGGUUUCGCGAAGCUGAGAUCUAUCAGACCAUCAUGCUGCGGCAUGAAAACAUACUGGGCUUUAUUGCCGCUGACAACAAAGAUAAUGGGACAUGGACUCAGUUGUGGCUGGUGUCUGAUUAUCACGAACAUGGCUCUCUCUUCGACUAUCUGAACCGAUACUCCGUCACCAUCGAGAUCAUGAUCAAACUGGCGCUUUCUGCUGCCAGUGGCCUGGCACAUCUGCAUAUGGAGAUCCUGGGCACACAGGGUAAGCCUGGUAUUGCUCACCGUGACCUGAAAUCAAAGAACAUUCUGGUGAAGAAGAAUCUCACAUGUGCCAUCGCCGAUCUGGGCCUCGCAGUACGCCACGAGUCUGUCACGGAUACCAUCGACAUCGCCCCCAACCAGCGCGUGGGCACCAAGAGGUACAUGGCUCCAGAGGUGUUGGAUGAGAGUAUCAACAUGUGCCACUUUGACUCCUUUAAAUGUGCUGACAUCUAUGCGCUGGGGCUGGUGUACUGGGAGAUUGCACGCCGCUGCAAUGCCGGAGGUAUCCAUGAAGAAUACCAGCUCCCCUACUAUGACCUGGUGCCCUCUGACCCGUCCAUCGAGGAGAUGAGAAAGGUGGUGUGUGACCAGAGGUUAAGACCAAACGUACCCAACUGGUGGCAGAGCUAUGAGGCUCUCCGUGUGAUGGGGAAGAUUAUGAGGGAGUGCUGGUAUGCCAAUGGUGCCGCUCGACUGACCGCUCUGCGCAUCAAAAAGACCCUGUCUCAACUCAGCGUGGACGAGGAUGUCAAAAUGUGAAAGAAUCCCAAGCAUAGUGAUGGUCAGAGAACACUGUAACAGAAACAAGUGUACAAAAUUACUACUGCUCCAAACUAUCCUGCCAGUUUGAGAAAAUGUACCGCCGUCGGUCGAGUUGUGACACGGCCUACCUCACCCACAAAGCCAAAACUACUAACAAAAUUGUAUUGCAUCAUAUUCUUGAACUCAACUGCUCCUCCAUCCCUCUUUAAUGUACGGCCACAGACUGCAAGUUCCGAUCCUAUUGAUCUACGUUGAGCACUGCUGCCCCUAGAAUAGCUGAUAGCAAAACUCUACUAACAUGAUAUUGACCUUUAAUUUCCCAGAUAUUUCAAUUAGUCCCAUAUCAGCAGCUCAGGAGCAGAGAUCACUUUUUACCUGCAUAUUGUGUGAACUACUAUAACAAGUCACUGAAUCCAGUUCUGGGCUGCUAUCAUGUCAAGAAGUGAAAUCUGAAUGUGGGUUUGUACAGAUCUUAUUGCACUCCAUGUGUCGCUCUUGUAGGAACGUGGGCUGUAUGUGUUUAACGUGAGCAGAGUAUCUUACUUGAAUGCAGGUGCUAUUUUGAGCUUUAGCUUUUGGUAUAAUCGGGGUGCAUAGAAUUUUACCCAAACCUCAGAUUUAAAGCAAGGGUUAAAUAGACAGAUUAGGUAGGUCACUCCAGGGGAAAGCUGACAACUAUUUGGGAAAAAUAUCUAAAAUCUAUAUAUAGUAUAUAUAUAUAUGUGUGUGUGUGUGUGUAUUUGUGUUGGGUUAUUCUGGCACUACUGAUGUGUGUUUAGUGGAGUGACUUCCUGAAAGCUGGACAGUGCCUAAAAGGUUUUUUUUUUUUUUUUUUCUUUCCUCCAUCCAACAUGAAUUAAUCUAUUAAUAUUGCAUUUAUUGCUGCAUUCAUUCAUGGAUGAUCCGUGUCUUUCGUGUGUAGUGUGGGUGUGUGUGUGUGAACUGAAUAAUCGCAUCUCUCUCGCUUUCUAUGACUCAUUCACAUUCACUUGGUGAAUGGUGCAUUGUGUAUUUAUUUUAGAUCGAACAUUCUCCAUUCGCUCGUUUUGCUUUAGUGUCAUUAGAUUUCUCCUUAAAAGCUAAAUGUAUAUAGGAUGUAUUUUUGGAAAGGUACAGCAGUGUAUAUCUCGUUCCCUUUUGGUUUCAGGUUGAUUAGAUACUAAGCUAAGGGGUGAAGUUUAGCAGCUUGCACACUGAUGGGAUUGCUUGGUGGGUUGAAGCGGUCUGAUCAUAACCCCGGCACAAUUUUCUUUUUUUUCUUUUUUUUGGUUCCGCAUUUUUCUCGUAUCACUGUAGCAUCCUGUAGCAACAGUAUGACCAAUUUAACAGUAUCUUUUUCGGCAAUAUGCCUUUCAACCAUGAACGCACUGGAAAGGUUGAGUAGACGAAAGGUUUAUGCAAUAUUCACAGGGAGUGCGCCAGUUCGGGAGAUGGAGCAUUAGUACGUUGAGAAGUACUCUGGCGCUGUGUGCAUGUGGAGACAGGAUGAGCUGUUAAACCUGAACUUAAGGAGUGGCCUCAGCUCUUCGACACUGUAUUUUUGACUACUAUACCACACAAAAACCUUUUAUAUAAUCAGUACUACUGCCCUGCUCCUGCUCACUCUCCCUUACUCCUCUUGAUAUGCAACUUGUAAAUAGUUUGUAAGUAUGAUUUUUCUUCCCCGCCCUCAUCCUUUCUUUCUUUCUUUCUUUUUUUUUUUUUAAAUCCUAUAGACAAUUCUUGAAGCUUGCUGUAUUUUUGUGAUGGCCUUUUUUUUUUUUAUUUUAUUUUCCGAGUGUACACUCACAGGUACUACUGAUAUCUCUUUCGUUGUAGAAUAUACAGUCUUAACGAUCGGUAUACAGAUACUGUAUAAAUAGGACGUGUUAGACAUGUUAAAGGAUGAGAAGUUCUUAGGAUUCGAUGCCAACUUGGCAUGAAAUUGUUAAUCGAAACCUCUCUAGCAUGUGAAAGCCAAAAAUAAUAUUUAUAUGGAGAGUUGGUUGUGUUUUAUGUGGUUCUUAUGUUCAUAUUAGGAUUCUUGUUGUUACGGGGGCAAAACCUGUACAUGUUUAUUACACUGGAUUAUUAUACACUACUGAAUACACUACAGUACUCUAAAAUCUAACUCGCAAUGUCCACACUACUGUCUGUGCUCUGCUGAUCCUGAAACUGCUCGUAUGGUGCAGCAUCAGCCGGUUGUGAAAUUGUUCAUUUUUUUGUUCUUUUUUUUUUUUUUUUAGGUACAGAUAAGAAGAUUUUUCACGUUUAUUUUCUUUUUGUCGGUUUGAUUUCUUUCUUACUGCGUGUGGUAUUUUUUUUUUUUUUUUUCCAUUUUGGUUU